AUGUCUGCCCAGCAGCUGGCUGAUAUGCUGCCUACCGGCAUUGCCAUCCUCAACUAUCGAGACGAGUCGACUUUCGUCAACCGGCGUUUUCGUGAUCUGAUGACGCGCCACACGGCUAAGUCUUUCGAAUGUUGGUCGCAGUCAAUCCAUCCGGACGAUUAUGAGAGAGUGGCUACUAGUUAUCAUGAUGCGGCGAGAGAUAAAAGUGCGCGCCGCGUUGAAUUCCGUAUCCGUGGCCAUGAGGAUCUCUGGCGUAUGCUGACAUUAUCUCCCCUUGACGCUACGGACUCAAAUCGGCUUGGUUUACGUCGGGAUGGCGGCUUCGUAUGCACGAUUACGGAUAUUACUCCGGAAAAGGUUGCAGAGCUCUCGCAGAAAAGAAUUGCAGAAGAGGCACGGGAACGAAAGCAACAACAGGAACGUUUCAUCGACAUGAUCAGUCAUGAAAUCCGGAAUCCUCUAUCCGCUAUCUUGCAUUGCACAGAGAACAUACACGAGGCGCUGAAUCAAAAGAACAGAUGCAAUAAGGUUGCGGUAGCAGACAUAACUCGUGCAGCAGAAACAAUCAAUGUUUGCGUUGCAUAUCAAAAGAAAAUUGCCGACGACGUCCUUACAUACUCCAAACUUGAUGCGUCAAUGUUGACGAUAUCACCGCGAAAAGUACAACCAAGCCGAGAUCUCGCAAAGUGUUUAGUCAUGUUUCGUCCAGAACUGCGAAAGCAAGACAUCCAGUUCGAAUACAAGCUCGAUAACUCAUACGCAGCGUGUGGAAUCCAAUGGGUUAUGGCCGACAUCGACAGGAUGAGCCAGGUUCUUAUCAAUAUUGUUUCUAACGCAAUCAAAUUCACCGCGAAUGAGACAGAAAGACACGUGUGGGUGUUCAUGGGUGCGUCCAUCGAACGACCACUAUCAUAUCCACCAAAUGUCGUCUUUUUCAAUCUGAACCAGGCUGAAAGAAGCCUUGACUCCACCACCACUUCCGAAUGGGGAAAUGGUCAAGUGGUGUACAUCAUGGUAGCCGUCAAAGAUACUGGAAUUGGGAUAGGGGAGGAAGAUCAGAAGCGACUGUUCGAACGUUUCAGACAGGCAACGCCAAAGACGCAAAGCGUUUAUGGCGGGUCUGGUCUUGGCCUUAAUGUCAGCAGAAAGCUCUGUCACCUGCAUGGUGGUGAGAUUGGUGUGAGCUCCAAAAGAGGCCACGGAAGCACCUUCGGGUUCUUUUUCAAAGUGCGCCAUGCUGCUGGGGAACGCGACGUCGGGUCAUUGAUGGAUAAUGAGCCCGAAGUGGACAACCUAUGCAGUGAGAUUCAAGCACAGGGGAUCGAGAUGACUGGUCUCAGCCAAACGAAACCCAUGCCUGAUAUCCCGGAGGACCCAGUGGUUACUCACGUUGAAGAAGUGGCUGCAAACGUCAAUUGCGAUGACAAGCGCAGGCAUACAGCAGAGCCAAAUCACGUCACGAAGGGGCCCCUUACUGGGUCAAACGCAGCGAAGCUGGAGCACAACGGAAAUCACCAAGCCAACUCGCCUCAGUCUCCGCGCUCCGGGACAACCGAAAACAAUCUUCUUCUGGUCGAGGAUAAUGUCAUCAAUCAACAAGUUCUGUCGCGAGAAUUGAGAACUUUGGGAUAUCGCGUCUCGGAAGCAGCUAACGGCCAUGAAGCCGUGGAUGCUGUGCAGUCUGAUGACUCUCUCUGCAUUCUCGCGGAUCAGGAGAUGCCGAUGAUGGAUGGGGUGUCGGCAACAAGAGAGAUUCGGAAAGUUGAAAGAAACCGCACGAGCCGCAUCCCGAUCCUGGGUGUCACCGCAAACGCCUUGGAGGCGCAAAGUAACGCGAUGCUGGACGCGGGGAUGGACGAUAUAAUCUACAAGCCGUACAGAACCGACGCUUUAUCAGAAAAAUACAGCAAUUGGUCACUCAGCGAAUGCGCGAGGACAUUGAGCAGCCCAGUCGCCAAGCAAUCUCGUCGGGGACGACGUGAUUCGCCGCUUGCUAUUCGGUCUCCUGCCAGACCACCCAAUCCCACCAGACCGUCUAGUCCCGCCAGACCAUCUAGUCCAGACCAUCUACGUGCUGCUGCUCCGUCCCCGGUGGGAGCCCAGAAUAGAGAUCCACCUGAAACCAGAAACAUCAGGUGGACAAAACGGAGAUAA